AUGUUUACAGGGGGUACGCCCUUAUCACAUGCAGUUGAGGGAGAGCAUAAGCCAACAGUAAUUUAUCUCAUUAAUAAUGGUGCAGAUCUUAAUAAAAGUGAUUCGGAUGGGAUCACUCCAUUGCAUUCUGCAGUUAAAAAAGUAAGGCUAUUUGUAGGGUCCACUGAGUUGGUGAAGCUCUUGAUCUCGAAAGGGGCUGACAUCUCUGCCAGUUCUAUAUUUGGGACACCGUUACAUAUUGCUGCACAUUGUGGAAGACUUGAAGUAUUAGAAUACUUGUUGGAGCUGAAGGCAGAUCCAAAUUCUUCAGGUUGCUGUAUGUCUCCACUUUUACUUUCCAUGGUUGCCAAAUCACUUCAUUGCAUGGAGCUGUUACUGAAGGCAGGAGCUGAUCCCAAUAGGGUUUCCGUUCCCAUGACACCUCUUAUUUAUGCUGUUACAAAUGGAGAAGAAGAGACGAUUCCCUCCCUUUUAAAAGCUGGUGCAGAUCCUAACCUGACAGACUUUCUGGGUAAAACGCCACUAGAACUAGCAGCGAUGUAUGGGUUCAUUAAGGGGGUUAUGAUUUUGUUUCCAGUUACUUCACGCAUUGCAUGUUAUCCUGAUUGGAGCCCUAGAGGAGUAAUGCAGCAUGUUCAUUCAGCAGAAGCUCUAGAACAGAGUAAGUUGAAGCAGAAGGAGCUCUUUUCUACAGCAAAAGCGAAUGGAAGAGAUGCAUUUGAGAAAAAAUAUUUCUUCGAAGCGAUAUAUUGGUAUACACAGGCAUCUCAAGCCAAGCCAGCUGAUGCAAGAGUACUAUCUAACAGGAGUUUGUGUUGGGCUCUAUUAAAGGAUGGCAAACGUGCUCUACCUGAUGCACAGGCAUCUGUUGCUUUGGGGCCUAGCUGGCCGAAGGCACAUUAUAGAGAGGGUGCGGCAUGGAAACUUCUUAAGAAAUAUGACAAGGCAGCAGAAGCAUUUUCUCGGGCUUUGGCUCUUGAUCCUCAUAACCAAGAUAUCGAGAAGGAAUACCGGGCUGUGCAGGCUAAAUGUGGCAAGUCCAACCAUUAG